AAAUUUAACAUAAACAUUAAUGCUGGGUUUUCUUGUGUGAACCAGAAAGGUGGGAGUCACACUCACACUCUUCUAUUUGAUGUUUUUCUUUUAUGGUCAAGGACAGAAUGGGGGUGUUUCCCAUGUUCUCGUCACCUACCCUUUUCUUUUCUUGUUUUAGUAUGAAGGUGUUUGUGGUUUGUUGUUGCAGUUACUCCCUCUUGUGUUAGGAAAAGAGAUUUUAAAGCAUCAUUGGUGGAAUCUGUGGAAGGUUUGUGUUAACUGCUUGAGACACGAUGGGUUUUGAACCAUUGGUUUGGUACUGCCAGCCAGCACAAAACCGCAUUUGGGGUAGAGUGGUAGAUAGUGUUUUUGGGUCAUAUACACCUUGUGCAAUUGACACUCUUGUUGUGUCUACUUCCAAUUUGGUUCUUAUGGGUCUGUGCUUAUAUAGAAUAUGGCUUACCAUUUACAAUGCCAAAGCUCAAAGGCUUUGUUUGAGUUCAAAUUACUAUAAUUAUCUUCUGGGAAUUUUGGCUGGUUGUUGUGCUGCUCAACCUUUGUUGAGAUUUCUAACUGGAAAUUCAGCUUUCAACCUGAAUGGGGAAACUGGCUUUGCUCCUUUUGAGAUAACAGCUUUGAUAGUUGAGGCACUUACUUGGAGCACAAUGAUAAUUCUCAUUCUAUUGGAAACCAAGGUUUAUAUCCGGAAAUUUAGAUGGAUGGUGCGGUUUGGAGUUAUUUAUGUCUUGGUGGGCGAUAUUGUAAUGCUUAACCUUCUUUUGUCAGCUAAAGAUUACUGUAGCAGAUUUGCCCUGUUUCUGUACAUCAGCCCUGUUAUCUGCCAGGUGUUGUUUGGUACCUUACUUUUUGUUUACAUUCCCAAUUUGGUUCCUUAUUCUGGCCAUAUAACUAUGCAAGCUGAGUUUCCUGUCCAUGGUGAAUAUGAACCACUUUGUGGAGAAGAUCAAGUUUGUCCUGAGAGGCAUGCCAAUGUGUUCUCUAGAUUAUGCUUUGGAUGGAUUAGUCCCCUCAUGAGCCAAGGCUACAGAAAACCCGUCACUGAAAAGGAUGUUUGGAAGCUAGACACAUGGGAUCAAACAGAGACAUUAACUGAAAAGUUCCAAGAGUGUUGGAUGUUCGAAUUUCAAAGGCCCAACCCUUGGCUUUUAAGAGCAUUGAACAAUAGCCUAGGGAAAAGGUUUUGGUGGGGAGGCAUCUAUAAGAUUGGUAAUGAUCUUUCUCAGUUUGUGGGCCCUAUUUUGCUGAACCAUCUCUUAGAUUCAAUGCAAAGAGGAGACCCAUCUUGGAUAGGUUACAUCUACGCCUUCUCCAUUUUUGUUGGAGUGACAGUUGGUGUUCUAUGUGAAGCACAGUAUUUCCAGAAUGUUAUGCGUGUUGGUUUUCAGCUUAGAUCAAGUUUGGUGGCUGCUAUAUUUAGAAAAUCUUUGAGGCUAACAAAUGAUGGUAGAAAGAAGUUCACAUCUGGGAAGCUUAUGAAUAUGAUAACAACAGAUGCCAGUUCAUUACAGCAAAUAUGUCAACAACUUCAUGGACUAUGGUCAUCACCAUUCCGUAUCAUCAUAGCUAUGGUUCUCCUAUACCAGCAACUAGGUGUUGCUUCACUUAUUGGAGCAUUAAUGCUAGUUCUUAUUAUCCCACUGCAGACAUUUGUGAUUUUCAAAAUGCGAAAGCUGACAAAAGAAGGAAUACAACAGACAGACAAGAGGGUCGGUCUCAUGAAUGAAAUUCUGGCUGCCAUGGAUACUGUAAAAUGUUAUGCGUGGGAAACAAGCUUUCAAUCUAGAAUUCUAAGCAUACGAGAUGAAGAGCUAUCAUGGUUUCGCAAAGCACAGCUCCUAUAUGCUCUUAACACUUUCAUACUAAACAGCAUCCCUGUUCUUGUGACGGUGACCACAUUUGGUAUUUUUACUUUACUGGGCGGAGAAUUGACACCUGCAAGGGCAUUUACCUCGUUAUCUCUGUUUACGGUUUUGCGUUUUCCUUUAAAUAUGCUACCAAGCCUUCUAAGUCAGGUAGCAAGUGCAAAUGUCUCAUUGCAACGUUUGGAGGAAUUGCUCUUAGCAGAGGAGCGAAAUUUACAGCAAAAUCCACCUAUUGAACCAGGACUUCCUGCCAUCACAAUUAAGAAUGGAUACUUUUCGUGGGAUCUUAAGGCAGAGAAACCCACGUUAUCAAAUAUCAAUGUGGAAAUACCAAUUGGAAGCUUAGUUGCAAUCAUUGGCGGUACUGGAGAAGGCAAAACAUCACUUAUUUCAGCAAUGAUUGGAGAGCUACCUCCUCUAGCUGAUGGAAAUGCCACAAUCAGAGGGACAGUUGCUUAUGUUCCUCAGAUUUCAUGGAUUUACAAUGCCACAGUUCGUGAAAAUAUAUUGUUUGGAUCGAAAUUUGAAAAAGAAAGAUAUUGGAAGACCAUUGAUGUCACUGCUUUACAGCAUGAUCUCAACUUACUACCUGGACGUGAUUAUACCGAGAUUGGAGAAAGAGGAGUCAAUAUUAGUGGUGGACAAAAACAAAGAGUUUCCUUAGCUAGGGCUGUAUACUCAAAUUCAGAUGUAUAUAUUUUUGAUGAUCCUUUAAGUGCUCUUGAUGCUCAUAUUGCUCAAGAGGUUUUCAGGAAUUGCAUAAAGGAAGGAUUGCGAGAUAAAACUAGGGUUCUUGUCACCAACCAACUGCAUUUUCUCCCUCAGGUGGAUAAAAUCAUUCUGGUCAGUGAAGGCAUGAUUAAGGAGCAGGGAACCUUUGAGGAGCUAUCAAAAAGUGGGCUUCUAUUUCAAAAACUAAUGGAAAAUGCAGGGAAAAUGGAACAACAAGCAGACAGUAAUGAAGAGAGAGAUAGUCAUGACAAGGCUAAUGAUUUACCCUUCAAGAAUGAGGCAAUUGUGGAAUUACCAAAUGAUGCAAGCUAUGAGAAGAAAGGAAAAUUACAAAAAUCAGUACUGAUUAAGCAAGAAGAGCGGGAGACAGGGGUGAUUAGCUGGAAAGUUAUAACACGGUACAAAUCUGCUCUAGGAGGACUGUGGGUAGUUUUCAUACUCUUUGCUUGCUAUACAUUAACAGAAGUUCUUCGAAUUUCAAGUAGUACAUGGUUAAGUGUUUGGACAUCUCAAGAUUCCACUGCUGAUUAUGAACCGGGAUAUUUUCUUUUGAUCUAUGCACUUUUCUCAUUUGGACAGGUUUUUGUGGCACUUGCAAACUCUUAUUGGUUGAUCAUUUCAAGUCUUCGUGCUGCCAAAAGAUUGCAUGAUGCAAUGCUUGAAAAAAUCCUCCGGGCUCCCAUGUUAUUCUUCCAAACUAAUCCUGUUGGUCGCAUAAUUAAUAGGUUUGCAAAAGACAUGGGAGAUAUAGAUACCAAUGUUUUUAAUUUGGUGAAUAUGUGUUUGGGACAACUCUGGCAAAUUCUUUCGACAUUUGCUCUUAUAGGCACUGUGAGCACCAUAUCCCUGUGGGCCAUAAUGCCACUUCUGAUAUUCUUUUAUGCAGCUUACAUAUAUUACCAGAGCACAGCUCGAGAGAUAAAGCGCUUGGAUUCCAUUACGAGAUCUCCUAUUUAUGCACAUUUUGGAGAAACACUUAAUGGUUUGUCAAGCAUUCGCGCAUAUAAAGCAUAUGACAGGAUGACACAUGUCAAUGGAAAAUUAAUGGAUGACAACAUAAGAUUUAAUCUUCUGAAUAUUAGUUUGAAUCGUUGGCUGACUAUAAGGCUACAAACAUUAGGAGGCCUCAUGAUUUGGUUGGUAGCAACAUUUACUGUGGUGCAGAAUGGAAGAGCAGAAAACCAGGCAAUGUUUGCAUCUACAAUGGGUCUACUUCUCAGUUAUACUUUGAAUAUAACAACUCUCUUGAGUGGUUUCCUCAGACAAGCUAGUAAAGCUGAAAACAGUUUAAAUGCUGUUGAGCGUGUUGACACAUAUAUAAAUUUAGAAACUGAGGCUCCUGGUGUAAUUGAGACAAACCGUCCACCACCAGGAUGGCCAACAUCAGGAUCUAUUGAGUUUGAGGAUGUUGUUCUGAGAUACAGGCCUGAACUUCCUCCAGUGCUGCAUGGAUUUUCCUUUACAGUUCCUCCAACUGAGAAGAUUGGGGUAGUUGGAAGAACUGGUGCAGGAAAGUCUAGCAUGCUUAAUGCAUUAUUCCGGAUUGUGGAGCUGCAAACCGGAAAGAUCAUUAUUGAUGGUUAUGAUAUUUCUACAUUUGGGCUAGCAGACUUACGAAGUGUUCUCACUAUCAUACCACAAUCACCAGUUCUUUUCUCCGGAACUGUUCGAUUCAACCUUGAUCCAUUUAAUGAACAUAAUGAUGCUGACUUAUGGGAAGCUUUAGAAAGGGCACAUUUGAAGGAUGUCAUAAGAAGAAAUUCGUUUGGUCUAGAUGCUCAGGUUUCAGAGGGAGGAGACAAUUUUAGUGUUGGUCAGAGGCAACUGUUAAGCCUAGCUAGAGCAUUGCUGCGAAGAUCAAAGCUUCUGGUCCUGGAUGAAGCCACUGCUGCUGUAGAUGUUAGAACUGAUGCCCUCAUACAGAAAACUAUCCGAAAAGAAUUUCAGUCCUGCACAAUGCUCAUCAUUGCACACAGAUUAAAUACAAUUAUUGACUGCAAUCGGAUUCUGUUUCUUGAUGAUGGCCGGGUUCUUGAAUACAGUUCCCCAGAGGAACUCUUACAAAAUGAAGGAACUGCUUUCUACAAGAUGGUUCAAAGUACUGGACCUGAAAAUGCUCAGUAUUUAUGUAGCCUAGUAUUUGGAAGGACAGAGAACAACUCUAAUGAAUGCAGAAAGGAAAUGGAAAGACAUAUGAAACAGUUAGCUUCUACCCACUGGACUGCUGCUACCCAGUUUGCCAUAUCUGCUACCCUUUCUUCAUUACAGCAUCACCUUCAAGGUCCAAGUAAUAAAGACAAUAAAGAUUUCCUUGAUAAAAUAAAGGAUGCACUGACAACACUUCAGGAAGUUCUAGAGGGGAAGCAUGAUGAAGACAUUGAAGAGACACUAACAAAACACCAUCUUUCUAGUGAUAGCUGGUGGUCUACUCUCUAUUAAGUUAUUGAAGGUCUUGCUAUCUUGAUCCAGUUGCCUCCAGACAUCAUUCAACAAAUCGAACUUUAUUUUGAGGACAGAUCCUUCGACUAGCAUUCGUCUUGAGAUGUCGUUUAGGGAAGAGUUAUAUGCAACCAAAGCUCAAAGGGAUAGUUGCAAUCGCAAGAUUCUUUUGUAUUUUUUUCCCACUUAGCUAUACUAUUUUCCUUUUGUAUUUUUUUAACAUUUUCUCUUAUAUUAAUUGGGGUACUUUAAAGACAGAUUUUAAGCAAAGUUAUUUCUUUUUGU